AUGAGAAAUCUUUCAUUAUUCAUUAUAAUAUUCCCAAUUGCUAUUCAAUCCUAUUAUUUUAAAAGAACUACUUAUGGAGAUGCUGGAAGUUCAUCUGUUGAUUAUGUUAAUUCUUAUUAUGUAAGUUUUUAUCUUAUGAUUUUGAAGUUGCGAAGUUCUAUAUUUCCUAAUAUACAGAAGUUCUAUUGAAAAAAAAUGAAUAGCCUCACGAAAGGUCAAUAUUUACCGAAUCAAAUGACCAGCAGCUAUAGCUUUUUUUGAAAAAAAAAAACAGGAAAAUGCUAAUAUUUUCAGGGUUUUCCAUCAUUCAAUCAACCAUCUGAAAUGAGACGUCGACCAUCUUUUGGUCUUUAUCCACCACAACAACAAUUUUUGAGACAAGAACAUCCGUUUGAUUUUGGACCAUUUGGACAUAGGUUUGUUUGGAAAUUGAACAAAAAUGGGAUUUUUUGUGGGAAAAGUGAAAUUGGGAAAUUUAUUCUAAAAUUUUAUUCCUCUAAAAGUUCGGCGAAAAAAUACGAAGAUUCAAAUAUAUUUUUGGUGGCCAAAAAAAUUCAAACGCUCUGAAGGAAUGUGUCAUGGCCGAAAUCCACGUGGCAAAAAAAUAUCCAAAAAGUAUUUUCUCAAUUCACACCUGAAAUUCUAGCUAAAAAUUAUCAUUUUUGAAUUUUGAGGUGAAGAAGAUUUUUGUGGUAUCACUUGGCAAAUUUUGAAAUUUAAACAAUUCUGCUGCAGAACGUUUGCAUGAACUCUAAAUUUUUGACAAAAUUGAAAACAUUUUCAAUUAGGUCUUGGGAUUUCCUCAAUCUUCUAGAUGAAAACCACCCUUUUUUUCAGAAUUGGUGGAGCAAAUGAAAAUGAGCAACCACAAGAAGAACCACAAAACAACAUUCCAACAAAUCGUGAAAACGCCAUGAAAAAAGCCAAGCCAGGACUUUGGAAAAGAGGAGAAUCUAUCAGAUCUGAAAUUCAACAAAAACAUGAGCAAAUUCGCAGACAACUUGCUGAAGAAAGUGCUGAUAUUAGAGUGAGUUUUGAAUUAUUGUUAUUUGGAAUUUCAUUGAAAUUUUCAGGAAAAAUUCGCUGAUCUUCACAAAAGAUUGGUUGCCAAGAAUUUGAAAAUGAUGAGAGUUUCGUUGAAAAAAAUGGGAAGAAAAUCGAAAUCUGAGGAAAAAGAGGAGGAAAAAUUGAACUUGAAAGCUCCAGAAGCUCCAGAAGAAAGCUUAGCUCAAGUAGAAGAAGUCAAAACUGAGCAAAUCAAUGAUCAAGUUCCAAAUCCACCACAACCUUUGGUUCAAUAUCCAUCUCAACAAUCAUUUUCAGUUGUCGAAUCUCGACCAAUUCGGGUUUCACAAGAUGGAAAAACUAUCGAAAUUUAA